AUGCCGCCCAAGAGGAGCACACGCAAGGCCGCAGCGCCGCCUCCGGCCGCUCCGCCGCUCGAUGGCCUCCACAUUGCCAUCAGCGGCAGCAUCAGCGGCUUCACCCAGGCCGAGGUCAAGAGCCUGAUCGCCGAGCUUGGGGGCGUUGUUGACAGCUCUGUCACCGCCAAAACCACCCAUGUCGUCACUAGCCAAGCGGACUUUGCCAAGCCGUCUGCCAAAGUCAAGAAUGCGCAGGACAAGGGCCUCCCCAUCGUCCAAGUCGGAUGGCUGACCGACAGCAAGAGCUCGGGCUCGAAGGAGGACGAGAAGUCUUAUCUUUUUGGCACGGCUGCCCAGCCUGCCGCUCAGAAUGGGACCACCAAGGCUUCGGCCAAGCGUGCUGCGUCCCCCAGUGAUGCCGAUGACUCGGCUACUGAUGUGAAGCCAGCCGCCAAGAAGGCAAAGACCAAUGGCAAGGCCACCAAAGCUGCGGCAGCCAAAGCCACCAAAGCCCAGGCUGCUGCCAGCAAACCUUCCAAGUCCAAAGACCCCCAGAUUCCUCUGGAUGAGGGCUGCCCUCUGACCACUUUUGUCGUCUACAUCGACGACAGGGGUACCAUUUUCGACGCUUCGCUGAAUCAGACCAAUGCGUCAAACAAUAAUAACAAGUUCUACCGUAUUCAGUUGCUCCACAAUGGCAACAAAGAAUACAAGACUUGGACGCGUUGGGGCAGGGUUGGCGAGCGUGGCCAGACCGCUGUGCUUGGCAACGGCACCCUGGACGAUGCGCUGAAGCAGUACAACAAGAAAUUCAAGGACAAGUCGGGCAUCUCGUGGGAUGACCGCGCUUCCGACCCCAAGCCAGGCAAGUACGCCUACAUUGAACGCAGCUACGAGUCCGACUCCGAGGACGAUGGCGACGAUGAUGAUGCCAAAGCUGUGAAGAAAGAGGAAGACGAAGAGGAUGAGGACUUUGUCGAGCCGGAGUGCACCCUCGAGCCGCAAGUCAAGGAGCUCAUGGAACUCAUCUUCAACCAGAAGUUCUUCGCUGCCACCAUGAGCGAUCUGAACUAUGAUGCCAACAAGCUCCCCUUGGGCAAGCUGAGCAAGUCAACCAUUACCCGUGGUUUCCAAGCACUCAAGGACUUGUCUGCGCUUCUCGAUGACCACACCCUCGCUCAGUCGCAGUACCACACGAAUGUGCCCACUGCCGUUGAGAACCUGUCCAACAUGUACUACAGUCUCAUUCCUCAUGCCUUCGGUCGCAACCGUCCCCCCAUCAUUGGCGACUACAGCCGGCUCAAGAAAGAAAUAGAGCUUCUGGAGAGCCUGAGCGACAUGAAGGACGCCGAACUUAUCAUGAAGGUUGAGAAGGGACAGAAGAACCAGAAGUCCACUGUCCAUAUGCUCGAUCGUCAGUACGAGGGUCUGGGCAUGGAGGAGAUGAUAGCUCUGGACCACGGCAGCACCGAGUUUGCCCACCUCCGGGAUUAUCUCAUGGAAACCCGGGGCGCCACUCACAACGCCGACUACAAGGUCGAGCAGAUCUUCCGCAUCGAGCGCCGUGGCGAGUUCGAGCGCUUCGACAAGAGCGACUUUGGUGCUGUACCCAAGUCCAAGAGCGACCGCAGACUGCUCUGGCACGGCUCGCGUGUCACCAACUUUGGUGGUAUUCUCAGUCAAGGUCUCCGCAUUGCUCCUCCAGAGGCGCCCGUCACCGGCUACAUGUUCGGCAAGGGCAUUUACCUGGCCGACAUGUCGUCCAAGUCGGCCAAUUACUGCUGCUCCUACGCGUCUGGCGGAACCGCCCUGCUGCUGCUCUGUGAGGCCGAGCUGGGCAACCCCAUGCAGGAGCUGACGGACGCGUCGUACAAUGCGGGCGACGAUGCCAAAGCCAAGGGCAUGUUCUCGACCUGGGGCAAGGGUCAGACGGGCCCGAAGAAGUGGAAGGAUGCUGGCAAGAUCCACCAGAACCUUAAGGGCGUCAAGGUGCCUGAUGUGUCGGUCAAGCCUGGUGAUACCAACGUCCCCAACGCCUACCUCUUGUACAACGAGUUCAUCACGUACGAUGUGGCCCAGGUCAAGCUCCGGUACCUGUUCCGGGUCAAGAUGUAA